UCAUCUUAUCUUCUCGAACGCGAGCGAAUUCUCAAGCUCUUUCGUUAGGGUUAGGGUUAGGGUUAGGGUUUGGGAUUCUAUCAAUGGCGACCUCAUCCGCAAGCCAUGUCCACUCCCUUGGCUCACCUUCAGCUUUCACUUCGUCUCCCCGCAUAGCUUCCUCUCGUUCACUCUUCUUCGGCUGCCGUAGCCGCUUCGUCGCACGCCAAGCACGUCCUCUACGGCUCCGAGCCACACGGGGUCCUGUCCGGGUAGCUGCUGAGAAGGUUGUUGGUAUCGACCUUGGAACCACAAACUCUGCUGUUGCUGCGAUGGAGGGUGGAAAGCCCACUAUUGUGACCAACGCUGAGGGCCAGCGGACUACGCCGUCGGUUGUGGCUUAUACGAAGACUGGAGAUCGGCUCGUUGGGCAGAUUGCCAAGCGGCAGGCUGUGGUUAAUCCUGAGAAUACGUUUUUCUCAGUUAAGCGCUUUAUCGGGAGGAAGAUGUCGGAGGUCGAUGAGGAAUCCAAGCAGGUUUCUUAUAGAGUUGUUAAGGAUGAGAAUGGGAAUGUGAAGCUUGAGUGCCCUGCCAUUGGGAAGCAGUUUGCCGCCGAGGAGAUCUCAGCUCAGGUAUUGAGAAAGCUAGUGGAUGAUGCGUCCAAGUUUUUAAAUGACAAGGUCACUAAGGCGGUAGUGACAGUUCCUGCAUAUUUUAAUGACUCGCAAAGGACAGCAACAAAAGAUGCUGGUCGGAUUGCUGGUUUAGAGGUUCUUCGAAUCAUUAAUGAACCAACUGCUGCUUCCCUGGCAUAUGGAUUUGAAAAAAAGAACAAUGAAACUAUUCUGGUGUUCGACUUGGGGGGUGGUACAUUUGAUGUCUCAGUUCUCGAGGUUGGAGAUGGAGUUUUUGAGGUGCUUUCAACUUCUGGAGACACUCAUCUUGGAGGGGAUGACUUUGAUAAGAGAGUUGUCGAUUGGCUGGCGGCAAACUUCAAAAGAGACGAAGGCAUUGAUCUACUGAAGGAUAAACAAGCCCUUCAACGACUCACUGAAACAGCAGAGAAGGCUAAGAUGGAACUAUCAUCAUUAACCCAAACAAACAUUAGUUUGCCAUUCAUUACAGCGACAGCUGACGGUCCCAAGCAUAUAGAGACAACUAUAACAAGAGCCAAAUUUGAGGAGUUGUGCUCAGAUCUUCUUGACAGGCUUAAAACUCCUGUAGAGAAUGCAUUGAGAGAUGCAAAACUAUCAUUUACUGAUCUGGAUGAGGUGAUUCUUGUGGGAGGAUCUACACGAAUUCCAGCUGUUCAAGAACUCGUGAAGAAGAUGACUGGAAAGGACCCCAAUGUUACUGUCAACCCUGAUGAAGUGGUUGCUCUUGGAGCUGCAGUUCAGGCUGGAGUCUUGUCUGGAGAUGUCAGUGAUAUUGUUCUUUUGGAUGUUACGCCACUCUCUCUUGGGUUGGAGACCCUAGGUGGAGUGAUGACAAAGAUUAUACCUAGGAACACAACAUUGCCUACCUCCAAGUCUGAGGUCUUCUCGACAGCUGCAGAUGGACAGACAAGUGUUGAAAUUAAUGUUCUCCAGGGUGAAAGAGAAUUUGUAAGAGACAAUAAAUCACUUGGAAGUUUCCGCCUUGACGGAAUUCCUCCAGCACCGCGUGGUGUUCCACAGAUUGAAGUCAAGUUUGACAUUGAUGCCAAUGGUAUUCUCUCAGUCACAGCUGUGGACAAGGGCACAGGAAAGAAACAAGACAUCACCAUCACCGGAGCAAGCACCUUACCCAACGAUGAGGUUGAUCGGAUGGUGAAGGAAGCUGAAAGGUUUGCAAAGGAGGACAAGGAGAAGAGAGAUGCGAUAGACACCAAGAAUCAGGCUGAUUCCGUCGUCUAUCAAACUGAAAAACAAUUGAAGGAGUUAGGUGACAAAGUACCUGCAGCUGUCAAAGAGAAGGUCGAGGCAAAGUUAAGCGAACUAAAAGAUGCCAUUUCUGGUGGAUCAACACAAGGAAUUAAGGACGCUAUGGCUGCUUUGAACCAGGAGGUGAUGCAGAUUGGCCAAUCACUCUACAAUCAGCCAGGCGGCAGCCCAGGAGCUGGCCCUGCACCAGGUGCUGAUGCUGGACCUGCUGGAUCUUCAGACAAGGGAACUGAUGGUGGAGAUGUAAUUGAUGCUGAUUUCACAGAUAGCAAAUGAGAGAAUGAUCAAGCUUGACAUCUCUUCUAUUGGUUUUUUUUUUUUUCGUUUUUUGGGGCUUCAGAACCUGUACAGAACUUGUUGAAUACCUCUUCACUUUGUUGCCCAAUUAUUAUUGAAGUUUUGUGAUGAGAACUAGUUAGAAGGCAUAGUUAGGUGAAUUCUCUUUUGCUGGUGUUGUGUGCUAAGAUAUGCGUAGUGGUUUUGAACUUUUGAUGUAGAUGUGUUGCUGUUAUUAUUGCAAUAAGUGCAAUUUUUUUAA